CUUCCCCAGCUGUCUUCAGAAGAAACCCAUAACUACGCAUCAGCAACAACAAACCUGGUCAGGACUCUAAGGAGACUCACCUGCGGGAAGGAAGUGCAGCUAACCAUACAGGUAAGCAUCACUGCUGCUAUCAUUUAAUAAUUCAUUAAUAUUGAUUCUACUUGACAAAGCAGUGAAAGAUGUGGUCUAAUUCUCCACUGGGAUUGAAGAAGAUAAAUUAGUAAUGAAAGAUUUGAUCAAAUCUGAAGUGAUCAUCCAUAAUGUUAGAAUAUACAUGUGGAAAACAUGCUAUGCUGCUUCUGUAGAGUGAGUCAGAUUUCAACAUUUCAAGGUCAUGUCACCAGAGCAAUGUAAGACAACGUCAGGUGUCCAUAAUCAGAAUUCAUGGCAACAUCAUGGGAACCACUGAAAUGUUUUGCUUGUGCAUGUACUGUAUACAUAAAGACUAUUCUGUAACUUACUGUAGGACAACACAAACUUGGGGGACAAAUGAGGGACAGUGCCUACAGUACUGGGAGUUUACCUUGGACACAAUGAUGACGUACAAGACAAACCAAAAUACACUGAACAAAAAUAUAAACGCAACAAUUACAGUUCAUAUAAGGAAAUCAGUCAAUUGAAAUGAAUUCAUUAGGCCCUAAUCUAUUGAUUUCACAUGACUCGGAAUACAGAUAUGCCUCUGUUGGUCACAGAUACCUUUAAUAAAGGUAGGGGCAUGGAUCAGAAAACCAGUCAGUAUCUGGUGUGACCACCAUUUGCCUCAUGCAGCGCGACACAUCUCCUUCGCAUAGAGUUGAUCAGGCUGUUGAUUGUGGCCUGUGGAAUGUUGUCUCACUCCUUUUCAAUGGCUGUGAGAAGUUGCUGGAUAUUGGCAGGAACUGGAACAUGCUGUCGUACGCGUCGAUCCAGAGCAUCCCAAACAUGCUCAAUGGGUGAAAUGUCUGGUGAGUAUGUAGGCCAUAGAAGAACAGGGACAUUUUCAGCUUCCAGGACUUUGUACAGAUCCUUGCGACAUGGGGCUGUGCAUUAUCAUGCUGAAACAUGAGGUGAUGGCGGCGGAUGAAUGGCACGACAAUGGGCCUCAAAUUGCCAUCAAUAAAAUGCAAUUGUGUUCGUUGUCCGUAGCAUAUGCCUGCCCAUACCAUAACCCCAACGCCACCAUGGGGGCACUCUGUUCACAAUGUUGAUAUCAGCAAACCACUCGCCCACACAACACCAUACACGCUGUCUGCAAUCUGCCCGGUACAGUUGAAACCCGGGAUUCAUCCAUGAAGAGCACACUUCUCCAGCGUGACAGCGACCAUCGAAGGUGAGCAUUUGCCCACUGAAGUCGGUUACAACUACAGUCAGGUCAAGACGACGAGCACACAGAUGAGCUUCCCUGAGACGGUUUAUGACAGUUGGCUGGUCUCAGACGAUCCCGCAGGUGAAGAAGCCGGAUGUGUAGGUCCUGGGCUGGGCGUGGUUACACGUGGUCUGUGGUUGUUUGGCCGGUUGGACGUAGUGCCAAAUCCUCUAAAACGACAUUGGAGGCGGCUUAUGGUAGAGAAAUUAAUAUUAAAUUCUCUGGCAACCGCUCUGGAUGACAUUCCUGCAGCAUUGUGUUGUGUGAAAAAACUAUUGUAUUAUCAUCAAGGUUAAGGUUUUAUUUUUAGCUGUUUAGAAAUUAUGGAGUUCAUUCUGUAUUACGGUGGCCCUAAGGGCCAAAGUAGCUUUUCAAAUUGAGUGACAGCGCGCACAGAAAGCCAAUGAGGAAGGUUUCCGGUUAAACAGAUGUUGUAUUGUAGUUGCUGUAAUGUUGAAGAGGGAGAAGGAGAGAUUUUGGGGUUUCUGUGGGUUCACAUUGUCAUCUUUUUGUCCCAGCUGUCUUACACACGUAGGCCCACUAAGACCCAUGCAUUAACACGGUCUUAGAAAAUCCUAAGUAUUAGACCUAAUCAUAAUCUGAUAAUACUGCAUCAACCUGGAUCCCUCUGAAUGUCUCUGACAGUCACAACAUGCUGCAGUGUACAGCACACAACCCAGACACCGAUGAACCAAUGCAAUGCUACAGUUUUGUUACAAGCCAGUCUCUUUGGCGAAAUGGUGAUAAGAAAAUGGUUUUCAUUGAUAAUCUUUAUGGUUUUGUCUCUUCAUUCAUUAAGUUCAGUAUGUCAAGCUCAACACCAGCUGAAGAUGAGGUGCCAGCAAUUCAAACAGGUGACACGUCAUCAACUAUCAACCCUUUUAGUAAACUCUUUAUUAAGCCCACUGUUUAUCAUCCAAACUUCAAUUGAAAUGAGAGUGAAGUCUGUAUAAACUCUCUUUCUGAUGCACAGACCUUUCUCUGUAAACCUCUGUUCUUGUUUUAACCUGUUGAUCGACCCCUCUCAAUCCAUAGAAUUACAUAUAGAACACUAGAAUGGACAUUGACGUUUGUAAUGUUUCCUGGCCAAAAUGGCUGCCGUUAUCAGCACAUUCUAGAGAUGUAGUUAAAUGACAUCAGCCUCUCUAGCGUAUUAUACAUGUCUCAAUUCCUGUACAAGGCCCCAAAGGUGUGAUUAAUGACUGGAGGAAGUUCAAGUGUGAGGACCAGGACACCCCUCCCAGCAAGAAGGAGCUCCUCAGACAGAUAUCCAACCCCCAGAGCGACGACAUCCACGACAGACUCAACCGGAAGGUCAGUCAGCGUUCAAACACAACCACACGGUCAGACAAUAAGAGACUCGACCACAGAGGGAGGCACAAGUCUAGCAAACUCUUGAGAAUCAAGAUGUGUUUACUUGACCUAUUUUAACCCAUAGAAAUAAAACGACUAGAAGGGAGAUUUCCAUUCAAGUCAAUUCUACUUCUAUGUUUCAGCCCCCAUACAUAAUACAUAAGCCUUGACUCAGCUCCUAUCAUAACUUUUUCUUAACAGAUGAGUGUCCAGGAGUACGAGAUGAUCGCAGAGGAGGAUGAGAAGUGCCUGCGCAAGUACCGCAAGCAGUGCAUGAAGGAGAUGCACGAGCGCUUCAGCUUUGGGCCUACGUUUGACAGCGUGGUGGAGCUGGACAACGGCGAGUCCUUCCUGGAGGUCAUUGAGAAUGAGCACCGGCUCACCCUGGUGGUCGUCCACAUCUACAAGGACGGGGUCAAAGGUUGCGAGGCGCUCAACUCCUGCCUGGACUGCCUGGCCACUGAGUACCCCAGUGUCAAGUUCUGCCGCAUCCGGGCGGCCGCAACGGGCGCCGGCGAGCGCUUCUCAGACGACGUGCUGCCCACCAUGCUGGUUUACAAGGCAGGGGAGCUGCUAGGGAACUUCCUGUCCAUGACACAGCACCUCAGCGAGGAGUUCUUCGCCACCGAUAUCGAGGCGUUCCUCAAUGAGUACGGCCUCCUGCCCGAGAAGGAGUUUGCGGCCUGUCCUGAGGAGGAGGCAGGUGUGGAGGUGGAGUAA